UGCACGUGGAUGUCCGCGUGGUUAUGUGCAAGUUAUUUGAAUUAAACCUAUUUUAGUUCAUCACUCAGCUCAUUUUCUUCUGCACUCUGCGACAGGUUUGUGAAAUAUUUUGUGCUCGAUGUUUUUGCAUGAAUAUUUAAAAAUAUAGCAAUCAAAUACCUACUUCAUCGUCUCGUCUUCAUGUGGAAACCGUGGAAAGCAACCCAGCCAUCUGUAGCCAUAUGUUGCAGUUCAAGAUGGAACCGAACCUUACAGACUACAGUGAUCGGUAUUUGCAAAGGCACUUAAGCCUGGAAGUCCUGCUCUCAUUGAACUCAUAUGUUCUGUUCUGAAAUCUGACGCGACUCAGUGACUAGUCAGGUUGUCAAAUAUGUCGGAAAACCGGACUCUCCCAAACAUUCUGGUUACCGGCACGCCCGGUGUGGGCAAGUCGACCACGUGCGAGCAACUCUCUGAGGCGACCGGGCUGCGCUGGCUGAACGUUAGCGAGAUCGCGCGCGAGACCGACUGUCUGGACGAGUUUGAUCCGCAGUACGGCUGUCCCGUGCUCAACGAGGACAAGCUUCUGGACGAGCUGGAGCCGCGCCUGGCCACGGGCGGCAACAUUGUCGAGUACCACGGCUGUGACUUCUUCCCGGAGCGGUGGUUUGACAUCGUGUUCGUGCUGCGCACCGACAACAAACUGCUCUACGACCGUCUUACCAAACGCGGCUACUCUGGCAAGAAGCUGGAGGAGAACGUGCAGUGCGAGAUCUUCCAGACUCUGCUGGACGAGGCCCGCGGCGCCUACUCCAACGAAAUCGUGCACGAGCUGCCGAGCAACACUCCCGACCAAAUGGAGGAGAACGUGGAGCGUAUUUGCCAGUGGGUGUCCGCCUGGAAGGUCGACCACGGCGUGGCGUAGCCGCUCGAGCGGCCCUCUGCGCGGUUGUGAUGUGUGUGGAUGUGUGGUGGGUGAAAGUUGUUGGCUCCUAGAUGCGACAGGUAUGAUGUGCGGGGUCGGGAUGUGUGUGACUUUGUUACCGAAGGACCGUUUGUUUUGUGCGACUGACGGGAUUGGGGUGUGAUGGUGGGUUGGUGGGAGGGCGGACAGGGCCGGGCGGCCGACUAUGGACAGGCUGUGCUGCCCCACGACGCUCUGUCCCCGGCCGGGACAGCGGCGCCGGGGCUAGUUAGCAGAGGUUCUGAGUUCCUCUCCCCGUGGGUCGGCGCAGGUCUGUGGACGCGGACCGUGUCAGAAGCCGACUGUUGGCUAUUCGACCGACGACGAGCGCGAUGUUUUGCUCAACUAGGAGCUCGGGGGCUGGCUAGUAAAGCAGAAUCAACUGAACUGUACCGAUCAAACAGUAAUUGCGGCGUUCGUGGUGCCAUUUCGCUAUAGAUGUAUAUUAUAAAUUUCAUCAAAUGACAGGUGCGUGGAGGUCUUCCACUUUGGUUUUUAUUACAGAAAACCACGCUGAUCAGUGUGCAAUAAUUCUGUUUUACUUCCCAGCCCCUGGUGUGGAAGGUUGACUGCACGUUAGGCACGACCUGUGGGUACAUUUAUUUAAUCUUGAAACGCCGUGACUGCAGGAUAUUCCCCUGCACCUUUUGAAGUCAGCCUGGUAUGAGUCAAUAACCGAUCAUGCAAGGUAAAUUUAUGAGUUUGGUGCCAUCUUGGUCCUUUUUAGGCAAUUUGGCAAAUGCUGAAAUAUGCGUCCUGUUACACUGUUGUUGAAAAGCAUGAUGCAUGUCGCUUGGAGUCUUGCACCAUUUACCUCCUUUACGCACGGUUUCGAAUUACUCGCGGCUAGUUCAUUUCAGUUCAUGCACAAUGAAGUAAAUUGUUAGUUUUAUAUUUUGUAAUAAAAGACAAAUAUAA